AUGUACAUAACUCCGUCAGCCCAUCGCAUCUUUUCUAAAAUAGGAGAAACAAUUGACGGUACUGAGAAACUAAUCACUGACGAUGACUACCACUUUGUGUUUGUCCGUCCGAAAUUUUUUAUUGGCUCUAGUGGCACCGUGUGGGCAAGUGAAACAAUGAAUCUUAGAUUCAUGUAUCCAAGUAUUUUUGAAAUACCCGAUAACAAACACGACUAUUCAUCUGCGUUUCGAUCCAUAUGCGCACAUCUACACGACGCAAUAUUCUUGUACAAUGACAUGUGCGAACCUAGGGACAUUUGUCGUUCGAGGCCUGGAAUUCCAGAUAAUCCACACACGUCUUACGAAAGGCAAAGACUAGAAAGAUUAUCUGCACGAAUUGACAAAGCUUUAAAGGUAAACAACAAUGAAUGCCUAGAGGACGGUGAGAAAGUCAUUUUAGCUUCAAGAAUUGAACCAUUAGCAAACAAAAUCUCUGUGAGUUUGCAAGAUGCAAAAAACUUCCUUGCAGAUCCGAACCACGAUCAAUCUUGUACCAUUGCAAGCAAAAUACAGAACCUGCAGCAGAGAUGUAAGUCGCUACUUGAAGGUUUGAAAGAGCUAGAUCUUCCUGCAGUUAGACCACGUUGGUGUGACCUGACUGAUGCAGGACCAGGAGUUGCAAUUUCAAACUUUGAGGUCAAAUUCCGAGAUGCUGAAUUGUCAAGAAUUUGGAAUUCUGACUACCGCAUCAGACUACAUCGAGCUCGCGAAGACAGCGGUCAGGGGGAAGCAGAACGAACUAAUUCUGCGGUUGGAGAUGCGGUUAUUGAUGGCGGUUCAAUAAAAUGGGAGUAUUAUGACCGAUUUUAUGACAAAUCAGAUGAGGAUAUCGAGAAGAUAACUCUAGCUGAGUAUGAAACACAUGAAGACGAAAGGACGGAGAGAAACGCCUGGCGGGUUGCCCACGAUAUAGCUUUGCGGAUUGACGAUGCUCCUGUUCUUUCGGAAUAUAUAAGAGGCUUUGUAACAGAGAAGGACGAGGAGACAUUCUUUUUCAACAAAAACCAACUUCAAGAUUAUAUAAAGGCAUCCGAAAGUUCAAAAGAGAAUAUACCCGGUUCUAACUAUAUUGCCAAAAUUUGUAACUAUAUAAAAGAUCACUAUGAUGUCGGUGAGCUUUAUAUGGAGUUUGUCAAGGAUGCCUGUAAAGUUAAGGCUGAGAAGCAAUGCGCUGCAUGUGCAAGUGGUUGGACUGGCUCUCAAAUUGAUAGAAUACCACGCCCAUUCCCCGAUGAAACUACAUUUAGGUACAAAACUGUUUUUGAAUCUCCUGCUACAUCUUCAGACGGGAAGCUGCGUCCUAUUGAUGAUUAUAUGCCCAGAGCACAAAUAAAAAAAUUCUUUAGUGCAGGAAAAUUGAAUACAGCGCAAGAAGUUGCUGAUUUUUCAUCCAAAUUUGUGGUAUCUGAGGAACUUGUAAAAAAAUAUGUGGACCAUCUAAAGCACAUCAACUUUACCAAAGAGUUGCGAACUAAAGCAAAAGCAGAUAACCGACGGAACCGUGAAGCAAAAUGCUACAAGGACUACAACUGGGAUGAACUUCUGCUAACUGGAGGGCUGAAGUUUCUCUAUGUUUUUGAACUUGAUACGUACUUAAAACACCACUCUCUUCCCUGGAAGAAAAAGUUGAAAACUGAGAAAAUUCGCACAAUUACUAACCACCUCCAACAAACAAGAGGACAAGUAUUGCAGACAAUGACAGUGGAAGGCCAGCGUCUUUUACAACCUGGCCAAAACGUAUCCGAUGAUGAAGAAGAAACUGAUGGAGAUGACAUCGAUAUUGUAGGAGAAACGUGGAGUAGUGACGAUGAACGAUUGUGUAGCAGUGAUGGUAUGGUUGAUAGCGAAACCGAAGAAAGCGACUACGAACCAGUUCCACCAUCCGCUAAGAGACGAAUGGUCAGCACCAGAAGUGGACGGAAGGCAUCUAGCUUUGUGUUGGGAAAUGAAUAG